AUGGUGUUGGUAUCGAAGUCCGAGCAUAAUUUUGAAUUCGAUUUUCCAACGGUGACGCUGGCAUACUUCAACCGUUAUCCAAACCCAUUUUCCACUCAUGUUCUGUCAUGUGAUACGAUCUCCAAGAGAAUCGACACCCAGGGCAAUUUGCACCAGACAAAGUUGAUAGUCAAAACAGGGAGACUUCCCAAAUGGAUCGCGCCGUUUUUGGGAUCCAGAAUAACGUCAUCCUGUAUCAUUGAGCAUACGGUUGUGAAUCCUUUGGAGCGCACUAUGAUGACCUACACGAGAAACCUUGAUCACACAAAGAUUCUUCAGAUCGAGGAGUUUACAAGUUUCAAAUACAAUCCUGUGGACAAUGUGACAUCUUCUCAGAGCAAAGUGAAGUUCUCAUCGGGUUUCAAAGCCUGGGGGGUCAAAGACAGAAUUGAAAACUGGUCCUUCCAGAGGUUUAGUGAUAACUUGAAGAGGAGCAGACUCGGGCUCAAGUUCGUAAUGAGCGAGAUCAGAAUGAGAGUCACGAAAGGCCAGGUUUUGGACACAUAA